UCCAUAGCAAGUGAUUCAGGUGUUCCAAUCCCCGCCAUAUCAUGUGAUUCAGGUGUGUCUAAUCCCCUCCAUAUCAAUGUGAUUCAGGGGGUCCAAUCCCCUCCAUAUCAUGUGAUUCAGGUAUUCCAAUCCCCUCCAUAUCAUGUGAUUCAGGUGUUCCAAUCCCCUCCAUAUCGUGUGUUUCAGGUGUUCCAAUCCCUUCCCAUCUCAUGUGUGAUUAAGGAGUUCCAAUCCCCUCCAUACUCAUGUGAUUCUGGUGUUCCAAUCCCUCCCUUAUCAUGUGAUUCAGGUGUUCCACUCCCCUCCCAAGCAGUGUGAUGUCAGGUGUAUCCAAUCCCCUCCAAGCUCAUGUGAUUCAGGGGUCCCAAUCCCCUCCAUAUCAUGUGAUUCAGAGUGUUCCAAUCCC